AUGGCUACCCUCAUACGCCCUCCGCCUGUUGAUCAGUCGCAAUCGAACAUCGAGAACGUCCUAGAAUUGACACAGCUGAACGACAUCGACCCCGAUCUCUUCACCAACACCCGCCCGCUAUGGCAUCCCCCGGGCGCAAGAGGCAUCUUCGGAGGUGCUGCUAUUGCGCAGACUUUGGCUGCGGCGCAGAAGACCGUCUCUCGUGACUUCACCGUCCACUCCAUGCACUGCUAUUUUGUGCUGGCUGGAAAUGCCGAGAUCCCCAUUAUAUACCACGUCGAGAGGGUCAGGAGUGGCAAGUCGUUCGCGACCAGGACUGUACAGGCGCGACAACGCGGAAAGGUCAUCUUCACUACGACAAUGAGCUUUGUGAGACAGAACAGCGGAGGAGAGAAGAAGGUCGAGCACGCAUACCCCAUGCCGAACGUGCCGGGGCCUGAAGACGGCCUCGAUGAUCUGGAGUCGAGCUCGGAUGGGACGAGCCCUUUCCAAAGCCAGCGGUUGCCAAUCGAGAAUGAUGACUCGCCCCACGCUCACGAAAAGAAGUGUCGUCAAUGGAUGAAAGCCAGGGGAACCAUCAGCUCUGCUGGAGGCCAUGAAGCGCACCUCUCUGCCAUCGCAUACAUGUCUGACAGCUACUUCGUCGGCACCAUUGCGCGGGCACACAAGCUCUGGCGCUACUCCACACAGCGCAAGAGCAAUUCAAAGUCGAGUGCCGACGAGGAUGUGCUCAAGAAAUUGCUGGCCAUGGACGAUGCCGAGCUCAGGCGCAUGAAGUUCGUCGAUGAGGCCGACAUUCAGCGCAUUCAUCGCAUGCGGAAUGGUGAAGAUGUGUCCAGAGAUCCGACACCCGAGAUUGGAAUGAUGGUCAGCCUGGACCACACCAUCUACUUCCACAACCCAAGAAGCUUUCGAGCAGAUGAGUGGUUGUUCACCGAGAUGGAGACGCCAUGGUCAGGCGAUGGUCGCGGCCUGGUGUUCCAAAGGAUUUACACCAAAGAUGGCACGCUGAUUGCCAGCUGCGUACAAGAGGGACUUGUGCGCCUGAAGCAACCGGAGAGUCAGCCGGAACCUAAGCUUUAAAUCGUGCGCUAGAUCCUUGGGUUUGGUGCUUGUUCUUGAUAUCCGCUUUGUACUCGUUUUAAUGAUAGACUCUACUUCGCAUCGUUUGACAGCAGUGUAGCCUAG